UGCACCAAUUCCUUUCUCCAUUUUUUAGUAGGUAACAUUAAUCUUUCUCGAGAUUUCUCUGCAUUAUGGCAAACCAACCGCCACCUGCUCGUCCAUGGUUCCGUCUAGGAUCCGUAGGGCGACCGGCUCCACCCACAGCACCUGCUCCUCCUGCCCCUGAGCCAGUUCGGCCUCUUAUGCCUCGGCCUGCAUUUUUGCCAAUUGUUCAAACUGCACCACCAACUGCGACUGCGCCACCACCACUUGCACCUUCUGGCAUUUCUGUCCCUGGUGUUGGUUCACUGCCUACUUCUCCCGUUAAAACCAUCCCGCUCGCAACUGCUGCAUCACCGAAAACCAAACCCACCGCUCCUCCACCUUCUUCUUUGGUUUUACCACCCCCCAAACUGAAAUCCCAAACGGAGAACGAACCACAAAUCCCACCGGAGGCAGAGCAAAAAACAGUGCUUGUUCAAAAGACAAUUGAAAAGCCUAAGGGAUGGUCCAAUGGUGAUUCCCAUAAAGAUAUCGGCGUCACCAACGGAAAUCAAGAAUCCUAUAAAGGUGGGGAAACGAACGGUCACAGAAAGAAGUUGGUAUCAGAUUCCGAUAAGAGAUCAGUCAUAACAAUCACCGGCGAAAACAGGGGAGCUGUCAUGGAAUUAAUCCAGUCCCCACAGAAACAUGGCUUCGAGGGCAAACCUCAUCACCUCCAACAGAAGGGAAAUCCCACAAACAAAGGUGAAGAAUUGCAUAACUACAGCAGCAGCAGUAGCAGUAGCAGCAGCGACUCCGAGGACGGAAAACACAAGAUGAAAGACAAGGACCUGAAAUCAAAGGCAAAGGCAAAGCCAAUGCAUGCAUAUGUGAACAGUAACGUGCAAGGUGUUAACAGCUCCCUUGUGUGCAACUCUGCGUGCGAUUUCCAUGAUCCCGGAGUGCGCCUCACUCUGCCUAGAAAACCUAACGGAGGCGUUAAGGGUGGCAACGGCGGUGGCAAUGGGAAAAACAACUAGAGGAACGCAAAGAAAAGGUCUUGAUUUCAAUCAAUUUGGGUCACACUAGAUGAGUACCAUAUUAAAUAGUUAAGGAAUAAAAUGAAUUUGAGUGAGGAUCAAGGAGUAAUAUAUACUUGGAAUCUGAUUCUUCAGUCGGUGUGAUUGAAGACAGUCCGUAAUCCGUAGUAUCUUUGGCAUGAAAUUAUAGAGUGGAAUAAAGGUGAAGGUUCACUUGGUUUUUGUACUUCAUUUAUUUUUCCUAUCAAUUAUAUAUUUUUGUUGUCAUAAAAGAAAUUACUGGGA